UAGCGUGGCUUCCUUUGUUCACGAUCAGGGCCGCCAUGAGGGGCGACAGAGGCCGCGGCCGCGGGGGGCGCUUCGGCUCCCGAGGAGGCCCCGGAGGAGGGUUCAGGCCCUUUGUGCCACACAUCCCAUUCGACUUCUAUUUGUGUGAAAUGGCCUUUCCUCGGGUCAAGCCAGCACCUGAUGAAACUUCCUUCAGUGAAGCUCUGCUGAAGAGGAAUCAGGAUCUAGCUCCCAAUUCUGCUGAACAGGCUUCUAUCCUUUCUCCGGUAACAAAAAUAAACAAUGUGAUUGACAAUUUGAUUGUGGCUCCAGGGACAUUUGAAGUGCAAAUUGAAGAAGUCCGACAGGUAGGAUCAUAUAAAAAGGGAACAAUGACGACAGGACACAAUGUGGCCGACCUAGUGGUUAUCCUGAAGAUUCUGCCAACCUUGGAAGCUGUGGCUGCCCUGGGGAACAAAGUCGUGGAAAGCCUAAGAGCACAGGAUCCUUCUGAAGUUUUGACCAUGCUGACUAAUGAAACUGGUUUUGAAAUCAGUUCUUCUGGUGCUACAGUGAAAAUUCUCAUUACAACAGUGCCACCCAAUCUUCGGAAACUGGACCCAGAACUCCACCUGGAUAUCAAGGUGUUGCAGAGUGCCUUAGCAGCCAUUCGACAUGCCCGCUGGUUUGAGGAAAAUGCUUCUCAGUCCACAGUUAAAGUUCUCAUCAGAUUGCUGAAGGACUUAAGGAUUCGUUUUCCUGGUUUUGAGCCCCUCACACCGUGGAUCCUUGACCUACUUGGGCACUAUGCUGUGAUGAAUAACCCCACCAGACAGCCUUUGGCCUUGAAUGUUGCAUACAGGCGUUGCUUGCAGAUUCUGGCAGCGGGUCUGUUCCUGCCAGGUUCAGUGGGAAUCACUGACCCCUGUGAGAGUGGCAACUUCAGAGUACACACAGUCAUGACCCUGGAGCAGCAGGACAUGGUGUGUUACACAGCUCAGACUCUGGUUCGAAUACUCUCACAUGGUGGCUUUAGGAAGAUCCUCGGCCAGGAGGGUGAUGACAGCUAUCUUGCUUCUGAAAUAUCAACCUGGGAUGGAGUGAUAGUGACACCUUCAGAGAAAGCUUAUGAGAAGCCACCGGAGAAGAAGGAAGGGGAAGAAGAGGAAGAGAACACGGAAGAACCACCUCAGGGCGAGGAGGAGAAGAGCAUGGAGACUCAGGAAUGACCUCCCUUCCUCCCUUCCUCGCCUAAGCUGGCUGUUGGGCUUUGCAUGGUGGCAUCUGUGGGGUAGGGGAGACAGCAGGAAGAACAAGCUGCAGAAAGACGCAUCAUUCUGCUGGGUUCUAUACUGGCUUAGCAUCCAGAAGUCUCCCAUUUGUGACUUAUGCCACCUGUCUAUAAUGAAGCAGGAUACCAACAUUUCAUCCUAAUACUCUAGAAUUCCCAGUACCUGACAGCCCCUAUAACCAGUACUUUGUUGUUGAACUGUGAACUGUUUUAAAUGUCUGGAGAUUUUUUUUUCAAAAAAAAACAAUUAAAUUCUUCCCAAGUAGG